GGUAGUUUGACAGUUUUUCUUCUGGUUCAACUCAGCCUCUGUACAGGACUUAAUGUUAUUCCCGAGGAUGGAUAUGAAGAACUUCGGAAUCUGCUAAAUCGUUUAGAAUCAAGAACCAGAACUCUGGAGGCUAGAGUAGAGUAUCUAGAACAGGAGUUGAACUCAAUCGAUCAAAUAACAAGGGAACAGAAUUCCAGCGUUAAGAUCACUAGGACGGAUUCCCAGGUCGUUGAAAUCUCUAGGCUUGAGAGGUUGGAGCAGAGGUUUGAGAUUAUGGAGGAGAUCUUGGCUCAACCUGAUGGGAAAGAGGAUGUUAAGUACGAUGAACUACAACAAGGAUAUGGAACCGGGAAACAAUUUCUCUUUCCCUUCAUCCCUGCAUCCAGUUCAACUGCAGCAUCAUCUUCGACAUCAUGCUCAUGCACAUCAGAGAUACAGGAGCUUAAUGACGUUAUCAAUUUUGUAUCAGCUAGGUCUAAACCAGUACAGGGAGGUGUAACCGGAGGUUAUGAAAUAUUUGAUGAGGCUCAAUUUCAAUAUAGUGAGAUAUUUGCGAAUAUAACGAACCUAUACAGUAAGGUUCAGGCCAACAGAGCGGAUAUAGAUACUAAAUGCAGCAAGAAGAAAUGUGAUAUGAUAUUGAACAAGGCAAAGAAGGUGAACCAAAUGGUAAAGUUCCUCUCCACCAUGAACAUCACUUACUUAGAGACCGUCGUGAACAUGCUCAGUACAAGUACUGCCACUGCUACAUUAACCAACCUGGACGCAUGUUUGAAGGAUCCCACCUCUGCUACAUGUACUGCUGCUUAUGGGGACGCUGCAGCACUUCCUACUAUUCUUGCAUCCAAGUGUGCUGGAUCAGUGUGUACUGCACUUCAGAGCUGUAUGACGAAUCCUACUUCUGCAGCAUGUACAGGUUAGCGUCAUAUGUAUGUACAAUUCUUUUUAUUGUGUUAAUAACAAGGAGCGAAAUUUAUUGAAAUAUUAUUCAGACGACUUUACUAUUGUUUCAGAUCU